CAAAAGUGUUCAAUACUACUCUAGAGAGAGAGCAGACAUGGUUGAUUUUAAAGUUGAUUUGCCUUAUGGAGCGGAAUAUACUGUAACUCCAAAAGGUUUAAAUUACUUACAUUAUCUGGUAGAGUGCAGAGAAAUUGGUCUUCUUCGUCAGUUCAUAGGAUGGAACGGAAAUGUGAACGAGAAGAAUAGUUUUGGAUUGUCUCCUCUGUAUAUUGCAUGUAUGAGUGGUUGUGUAGAAGUUGUAGAGCUAUUAUUAAGAAACGGAGCUGAUCCUAAUGUCAAGCCUGUUCCUCUUCAUGCAGCAGUAAAAAUUGGCAAUAUAAACAUUAUUAAAUUGUUAUGCUAUUGGGGAGCUGAUAUUAACGCAAUAGAUACGUCAGGACAUAAUGCUUUACAUAUUGCGUGUACAGUUGCCACCGUGAAUCUCACGAUUGUCAAAUUUCUCUUAGAAAACAAAUGCUUUCGUCAAACGGAAAAAGUUCCCUCUGUCUUAUAUUUUGCAAUAGAUAGAGAUGAUAUUUCUUUAGUCAAAUUACUGGACAGUUAUAAUGCAAAUGAAAAAUAUGAUAAUGUUCAAGGUAUGACACCUCUCAUUCGGGCUUGUACAACCCAAGCUAGUGAUGAAAUUCUCAGUAUUUUACUCAAAUCAACUACUGUCACUUAUUCUAUAAACAACGAACAAUCUCCUUGGUGUAAUAUAAUCGAGGAAGCCUUAGCUAUGAAUCCCUUUCUAAGUUUUGCCAAUGUCGACGAGAAAGCAACACCAAUAUGUUGGGCUAUAGAUCUCAAUUGCGAAAAAUGCUUAAAGAAUGUCAUGAAAUAUGGACCAAACAGUUCAAGAGCUGUUGUACUUUCGUAUCAUUUUCCAAUCGAGUUGGCUUUUUACUAUUCACCCCAAAAGCAAUAUGAUAGUUGCUGUAUUAGUUAUUUGCAAUCACAUAUGAGUGAAUAUCGUCUACAUUUGGGAUUAUUACUUUUAACUCAUGGAGCUGAUUCUUUUGAAUUAUGGAAUGGAUUGGGUUGGAAUGCACAACCUGAAAAAGGUCUUUUACCAUUCAAAAUUGCAAUAAGAGUUUACGGCUUUACCAAUCUAAAUAAAAUUAAAAUGUAUAGUUUAUUAGAAAGGAUAAGGAAUUCUGAAGCUAUAGAACUUAUAGAAAGAGCUAUAUUCAGCCAUCAGUAUAACUCUAAACUUCCACAAGUCACAAAAACUUUAAGAGAACAAUGCAUUAUUUGUGUGAGAAGACACUCAAGAUUUAAUGUAUUACAUACAAUUAACAAUUUAGAUAUUCCAUUAGCAAUGAAGCGUUGGAUACUCCUCGAUCCCAAUGAACCUAUUUUAAUUAAGUUACUUUUUAUGUUUGGCUUUGUUGUUGGAUCAUCGACAUUCGAUCUAAUGGAUGACGAAGUGGAUGUUCUUCGUCGUGCUUAUGCAGAGAAAUCUAUUGAAUGCGAAACUCUUCGCCAAGAAUGCUUCCAAUAUGUAGAAUUACUGCGGAGAAAGUCGGUAAGGGCCAGACCUCGAUCAAAGCGCAUACAAGUUAAUAUGAAUAUUAGAUUUGGAAAGUCAGUUGGGGUUCAGACUUACGAUGGCCUUCUAGCUUCUACCGACAAGCGAACUAUUGCAACUAGACCGUUGGAGAAAGACUUUCUUUCGAAUACGCAAGCAGAAGAAAAACCUCUUGUCAGAUCCGCUAGCUUUGUCAAUUUGGUCCAGAAUUGGGAGAGACAAGCAAUUAAACCAAAAAUUUCAACGAAUACUUGUAGAGUUUCUUCCGAAUCAAGAUCAACAAAGAACGAAAUAAUUGAAAAGGAUUAUAAGAGAAAAUUUCGCGAUUUAAUGAACGAUUGGCAAAGAGCGGUUGUUAACGGGGAAACAAUGAAUUCUGAAAGCUUGGACUAA